UCUCUCUCUCCAGUUGUUUUUUGCCACUGAGACUUUGUUUUAUCCACCGACGUCAUUCAUACGGUCUGGACGCCGAGGCGCGAGGCUGCCCUCUCCUCGUCGCUAAUUGUGUUUCCUACCGACUGACAACUUGUUUGUCUGUUAGCGCAUUGGCUGCCCAUGGGCGCUGCUGCCGUACACACACUCUGCUCUGCCUCUCCGCCGGCUGGGCUGUCCGGUGCGCCUCUGCGGUCGGGUUCGGGACGGUAUCGGGCUCCGCUUUUAUGAAUGAAUAACGAGUCGGGGAAAUGCGAGUGACUGCGAAACUCCCCAGCAGCCGUGCUCCCGGGGGGCCAGCCACCGAUGAGAGGGAUUAACGACGGAGCGGAGCCGCGGCUCAUUGCGGAAAAGCCGAGUCUGACUGCUGCAGACUGGCGUGGAAACGCACCGUGAGGGAAACGGGCUCCAUAGCGUACAGCAGCGGAACAAAACCGCGGUGACCACAAUGUCCAUUCACAUCGUGGCUCUGGGCAGCGAGUGCCCCGGAGGAGUCGGGCCCGGGGAGGAGAUCAUGGGGCAGGGGCAGCUGCAGGGAGGCCUGCUGUGGAGCUACCUGGGUCACGGAGCACUGGUGGGACCCUGCGACCUGGAGAGCAGCAUCCACAACCCGGCCUUCAUGGAGUACACCUCACGUGUGUUUGGAGAUGUCACUGUGGUGGUUCGGGAUUGCCCCAGCUGGGACUUGUUGGACAGCGAUUGGGCCAGCGUACGCAAAGUUCUUGAGCAGGCAGACAUCCUGGUCAUUAAAUAUUCAGUCACUGACAAGCUGGCCUUCCAGCAAGUCAGGAAUGGCUACGCCCCGAGACUCCGCCCGCUCCUGAGGCACUGGGGUGUGCCUGUCAUCCUGGUCGCUGUUGGAGCACGGCUGAACGAUGAAGGCCCUCCCUGUACGUGCCCGCUUUGUGCGUCCGACUGGAGUAGCUGUGUGCCUCACAGUGAAGGUCUGCAGCUGUCCCGGGACCUGGGGGCGACCUACCUGGAGCUGCCCUCUCUCAACCAUGUCUUUGUGGGUCGCUACUUUGGCAGCGUGCUGGAGUACUUCAUGAUUCAGUGUCUGAAACACAAAGCCAAAGAGCGGCCCGAGAAGAGGCGAGGAAAUAAAGUGAACGAGCUUCGUCCCCCUCACUUGGAACAACCAGCACGCCUCCCCCCCAUCCGAGUAGAGGAGUCCAGCUUCUCCCAGGACAUGCAGUGGUUGCUGGAGCGUGGCGUGCAGUUCGCCGAUGUGGCUUUCUAUGCCGGGGACUCUGGGAAAGAGCUGGGGUGGGCGCACGCAGCCGUGCUGUGUGCUGUCAGUCCAUACUUCAGACAGCUGCUCCUGGGACCUAAGACCAGGGAACGUCCACAGUCACGGUGCGUUUGCAGAGAGCGGGAUGGAGGCCCACACUCGCUGCUCUCCACCUGGGACGGGGGGAUUAUUGAUGACAUGCCACGAUCAGAGGGGCACCUGACAGGACGCCUCUCUCGUCUGGUGGUGAAGGAUCCCCUCCUGUGUAUGUGCUUGUGGGAGACUCUCAUGUUCAUUUACAGAGGAGCGUGGGAGUGGGAGCACCUUCAGGAGGCCCUGGAAGAGAAGCUGAAGAAUUCACUAGCUGUGGCUCAGCUUAUGGAGCGCAUACGAUCCCUCAUCGGCAGAGACCGGGGCCCCAGGGACACCCCGAGUGCCCGGGCAGCUCAGCUCGGCCCCCAGACUCUUGUCAACCUCUUCAAUUCUCCCCUUUACUCUGAUGUCAUCUUCAUGGUGCAAGGGAGUGUAUUGCCAGCCCACCGAGCAGUACUGGUGGCACGCUGUGACGUCAUGGCGGCCAUGUUCAGUGGGAAGUAUGCAGAGGCCCGGAGCCGAGUUGUGCCAAUCCACGGUGUCUCCUCAGAUACCUUCCUGUCUUUCCUGGAGUACCUCUACACUGACUCCUGCUGUCCUGCCAGUGUGCUGCAGGCCAUGGCCGUGCUGGUCUGCGCUGAGAUGUACCAGGUGAAACGUCUGCAGCAUCUCUGCGAAGUGUGUGUGUGCGCUUACCUUCAGAGCAUGCCCAGUAGAGAGCUGUCAUCAACAGGUAUCAGCGUGAUCCGACUACUCCGCCGAGCAAAGUGCCACAACGCAGAGCAGCUGUAUGUCUGGCUCCUCCACUUUAUCGCCAACAACUACCUGAUCUUCAGUCACAAACCUGACUUCCUGGAGCUCUCAGAGGAGGAGCGUGAGCAGGUGGAUAGGCUACGUUGGCCGUCCAGAGGCUACCUGCAGGAGCUCAGCGAGUACCAGCAGCGGCGACGCAAACUACGCAAGUCCCGCUGCAUAGUCAUGUGACCCCCACCUGGAUGCCUAAAGCCUGUGGGAAACAGGGGAGGGAGCAGAUGAGGGAGGAAAUAACGACGAAGAGUGAGACUAGUCAUCAACACGUGGAGAAAAACAAGCUGAAGAAAUAGUUUGUUCUGUUGGAUGAUAGGCUGAAUCUGAGGGACACUGCUGCUGAAGUCACAAGACUCCUUAACCAAUGGGACAGCGUCUCUAGCAGUGACAUACACCGCGGUGACGCGCCUCUCUACCCCUGGAGGAAUGACUGUGCACCCUUUGCGUAAUGAUUACUCCAUCAUGGGCAAUACAAAAUGACUUGAAUGAAUUUAAAAUGACCAUCUGGCCACUGACCAGGAGCUCUGUGAAAGAUUAUAUUUAUAUUGGCUGACGCAAAAUGGUGGAUUUUGACGAUGAACAGUGACACAAAAUGGCUCCAUUACGAGUGCAUAUAUAUCAAAUGAUCACACAUCUGUUGGAAAACAGGCCGGGAUCAUGUGCAGACUGUUUCAAGCUGCAGUAAUGUGACUUCAGUUUGAAUAAAAAGGAAGGAAACUGUGCUGAAGUGUUUUCUUCUGUAAUCGACACCUGAGGAUGUCUGAGUAUAUUCUGGAUACAGGACCGCUCCAUCUUAAAUUAAGCCUUGGCCACUGAUGCAUCUGUCUUGUUGGAUCUAAAAAUUGUGAGCAUGUGCUCAUGCAGCAUUGCCUCAGCUGAAAUAACUCUCUAGCCUCUAACUUCUUUGCGGCUCGAUCAGUAUUUCAGCCGAGUGGUGACCUACAUUAUCACCGAGAGCCGAGUGGUAAUGUUGCUGGUAGCACAGUCAUGCUCGUUUUCAUCUGUAGUCUGUCAGAAACCUGGUUUAACACACGAGCAGAGCCAAUUUAAUUCCACUUUUCUCAUUAGAUUCUUUCAGAUCUAUGAUGCAACGUGAGCGUGUGUGUCUCACUGUCAGACUGAUUUUAUUAUCGCGUGAGAUGGAAUACAUUUUGGUCGUUGUCUGUGUCAAAAGAGGCCGCCUCACUUUCAUUCAGAAAUGGCUCAAAAUUAAAUCGUCAAAUUAAACUACACAUUACCUGUAUCAAAAAUCCAGUGCUCUGUGCACCAAAUCCAGAAUAAUAACCAAUGUGUUUUAAAAAAAAUCAUUUAAAGCCUGUGAGCUGGACUUUUACAUCAUUUCCUUUGCAGGUUAAUAUGAAACAGUGUUGAAACUAUUCCUUAUCUAUUUGCAAUAACAAAUAUUACUGGUCUGUCUCUGUCCGUCACAUGAAAGGCAGAAGCCUUUUGUAGCAUUUACAUGUACAGACGUGAUAUACAGUUUUAGGAACAACAACCAUAUCAUGAACAUGAGUUGGUACACUAAACACUGCAAUGCAAUGCCUCUGGGUGGAUACACGGUAUUUAUUUGAUCCUAUUUUUUUAAUUUGGAGAGGGUGUUUUUAAUCAUAAUAAGAUUAUGAUUUAUUGGUGCUGCAAUUAUUUUUGUAAACUGUACUGUAAGUGGACAUGAUUAUGACAUUUUUUUUUUUUUUUUACAUUCAAAGUCGAGACAACUGGGUCACACUAUUUUACAGUCUGCUGUUUCACUGGUAUUUACUUAAAAGGUGUGUGAUGUACGAAAAACAAACAAGGCAGACAGAGCGACUUAUGUUGUCAGAUAAACAGUCAACAAUUUGAAAGCGAAAAAGAUCAAUGGUGACAUAUUGCAGCUAUUUUUUAUUCAGUGUGACAGCGUCAGUCAAACAGUCAACACACAAUAUGUAACUGUACUGGUAUCCAGCUCUUUCAGUACUUCAGCAGCAGGUUGUGUGUAUAGUACAAGAAAGCUACCGCUGUGAGACUGUGACAGUGAUCAGGUGAUUAUCAGCUGGUACCUUUAACCACUGUGGUGUAUAUUUAACCUGCUGCUGCACCACAUCAGUCAAAGUGUGUGUCUAUGGGAACCCUUCUCAUAAAUCCUGAUCUGCUCUUUAAAAGAAAAUGAGUAAAUAGCAGUUGAAAACCUAGACUGUAAAACAAAGUGUACUCCAGCGCUGCAUCCACACCCAGUGUGUGUGGAGACACACAUGUGGCUCCACUGGGCCGGUGUUGUACAGACUGUAGAUAACAUGACGUCUGACUUUAAAUAAAGACAUGUUUUAGACUGAACACACCACAGAGUG